CAUUAUAUUAACAUUUAAUUAUAUUUACAUUUGAUUCAAUCAAUAAAUAUUGAAUUAUCAUUUUACAAACGAAUACACAAAAGUAAAUAAUAAGUUAGAUUAUAAUAUUUUCAAAAUCAAUAUUUAAAUAACAAUUACAUAACAUAUGCGUUAAAUAUAUGAACUAUAAAUAAAUUUAUUAUUAUCAUUAUUAUUUCUUAAAUGAUUUCUUGUAAGAUUAGACUGUUUUACUUUCCACUUUCCAUUCUGAAUAUAUAUAUAAGUAUAACAUUGAUAUUAAUAUUUUAAUUAAAUAUAUACAAAUUAAAUAUUAAAACUAUAACAUCAAUAAUAAAAUAAUCAAACGAUUAAAAUAAUUUAUAUUUAUAGGGAACACAAUGCCUUUAAAAAUAAUAGUUUUUUUAAGAUAAAAGAUAUAAAAGAUAAAAGCAAACAUGUAAAAUAAUUACGAUAAAUAUAGAAAAUUACUUUUAAUUAAAAACAAGGAUGGAAUAUUUUUAAAUAAUGAAAUUAUAUCUAUUAAAAUAAUCAAUACACAUAACGAAUAUUUAAUUCUGUAAUAAAUAUUUUAAUUUUUAAUUAAAAUAUUUAAUUAAUAAAUAAUAUAAUUAUUUAUUCAAAUCUCUGCGAUAUUUUCAAAAUUUGAUACAUUUUAAAUACAAUUUAAAUGUAUCAUAAAUAUCUAUAACAAUCUAUGUAAUCAAAUUACUAACAAAAUUUGAAUCUUAUUAUCUCAUAUUCCAAAAUUCAGUUUCAAAAUAAUUUUCAAAAUUAUUUCUGAAAUAAUAAAUUUUCUUUACCAAAAUCCUACAAUCACACGAAUAAUAAAUAAUCUCUCCCCAAAGAAGAAACAAAUAUUAUAUUCCAGACUGGAGUCCACCUAAAUAAACCCAGAUUUCCCCAUAUAAAAAUAUCGAUAACAAAAAGAUAAAGUUACAUAUUUGAAUAUCCGUGCAACAACAUUUACAAAUAAUAACACCAAUGUUUUCACAAUUGUGAAUAUCGGUAUAAAACGAGGAAAUCCCGCCCAAGUCGGCAUCAAUUUUGCGAAGCAGCCUCGAAGAUGAAGAUCCCAUCCAUACUCGCGGUUUCCCUGCUGAUCUGGGGUUUGGCAAGCGGCGCAAGCGAAGAGGUGGAGACACGGGGCAAGACCAAGACCUCGACAGUGGUGAAAAGCGAGAAAGUGGAAGUCGUUCCCGCUAAGGAUGAACUUAAAUUAACGAGCGAGCCCAUCCUUGGAAGAAGAGUGGGAACUGGAGCAUCCGAGGUGGCAUCUAGCAGCGGUGAAAUCAUCGCAAUAAGUCUUGGAACAGGGCAGGCAGCGGCAGAAUCUCAGGCCGUGGCCGCCUCGCAAUCCAAAUCGGCAGCGAACGCCGCCAUAAGCGCAAGCGAGCUUGCCAACAAAGUUGCUGCUCUAGUUGUUGGCGCGACUGCGGCGCAAGCGAGAGCGGCCGCCGCCUCCUCAGGCGCGUUGAAGGCCAGCUUGGCGACCGAAGAAUCGGCGGAAGAGGCCGAGGCGGCCGUGGCUGUCGCCAAGGCUGCCGCGGAAAAGGCCGAAUCCCUGGCGAGAAAUCUCGCGUCGGCGAGCGCUCGUGCGGCUAUCUCGUCGGAAAGAGCGAACGAAUUGGCUCAAGCUGAGAGCGCGGCAGCGGCCGAAGCGCAGGCCAAGACAGCCGCCGCCGCCAAAGCAGCGGAAAUCGCCCUUAAGGUCGCUGAGAUAGCGGUGAAAGCGGAAGCAGACGCGGCAGCUGCCGCCGUGGCAGCUGCAAAGGCAAGGGCCGUAGCAGACGCGGCCGCUGCCCGUGCUGCAGCCGUGAACGCCAUCGCCAAGGCGGAAGAGGAGGCCUCGGCCCAAGCAGAGAACACCGCCGGUGUUUCGCAAGCUGCCGCCUCCGCUGCGGCGGAAUCGCGAGCCGCUGCAGCAGCCGCCGCUGCUACUUCGGAGACAGCGGCUGAAGCUGGCCCGUUAGCAGGGGAGCUGAAACCACCACAAUGGAAACGGAUUCCUGUGAAGAAGGAAGAGUGGAAAACAUCAACGAAGGAAGAAUGGAAAACGACGAAUGAAGAAUGGGAGCCGGUGGCGAAAUAAAAGGGCGCGAAGUGGCGAGGUCGACAACACAGGAAGUUGCAUUUGAAAGAAAUUGGACAUCUUUAAGGCAGAGUAUAUUGUAGAGUUUGAGAGGAUAGCGCGCAUACGAGAGAUGAUUAAAAGAUAUUAAAUGCGAAUCGAAAUUGUACGGAUGACAUUAUUAAACUGUUGUAGCAAAUCA